AUGAUGGAUGACGACGAUAGGAUGAGUGAGCGAGGCCUCAGCACUGCCAGGAUGCGAGACGAUGACGAAGAAGGAGACUAUCAUUCCAUCUACAUCGGGGUGCCAGUGCCACGUGGCUACAGAAGGAAAAGGCGCAGGAGGAGAUCCUCAUCCAGCCGGGACAAAAACGGCGAGAGCGAAAGGCACUAUGAGCAUCAUGACCGGUCGGACACGGAUGAAGGCGGGAGGAUGAGCUUGGAGAAUGGAAAUGAUAAUGCCAGCAGGACGAUGUCCCCGGCUGCCGAGCGCCUCCGGUACAUCCUGGGCGAAGAUGACGACCCUCCCAACCCCACGCUCUUCACUGAGAUGGAUACCCUGCAGCAUGAUGGAGAAGAGAUGGAGUGGAAAGAGUCAGCCAGGUGGAUCAAGUUUGAAGAGAAAGUGGAAGAAGGAGGGGAACGCUGGAGCAAGCCUCACGUGUCGACAUUAUCUUUGCAUAGCCUGUUUGAAUUACGCACUUGCCUGCAGACGGGCACUGUGUUGCUAGACCUAGAUGGCUACUCUUUGCCUCAGAUCAUAGAUGAUGUAAUUGAAAAGCAAAUAGAAGACGGCCUGCUAAAACCAGAGCUGCGGGAGAAGAUAAGCUACGUCCUCCUGAGGAAGCACCGUCACCAGACCAAGAAGCCCAUUCAUCGAUCGUUUGCAGAUAUGGGCAAAUCUGUCUCAAACACAAAUCGUAGCCCAGUCCGAAGUCCAGCUGCAGGAGCCAGCUUCCACCGCUCGACUGAAGACCUCAGAAUGAGACAGAGUGCCAGUUAUGGGCGACUGCGCCACGCGCAAAGCAGGAGCAUGAACGACAUCACGGAUACACCAAGCACAGAUCAGCUCAAAAACAAAUUCAUUAAGAAGAUCCCCAAAGAUGCCGAAGCCUCGAACGUGCUGGUGGGAGAAGUCGACUUCCUGGACAAGCCGUUUGUGGCGUUUGUACGGCUCAUUCAGUCCACCAUGCUGGGUGGGGUGACAGAAGUGCCUGUCCCAACUAGAUUCCUGUUUAUCCUUCUGGGUCCUACUGGAAAAACCAAAUCCUACAAUGAAAUUGGCAGAGCCAUUGCCACCCUCAUGGUAGAUGACCUGUUCAGUGAUGUUGCCUACAAAGCCAGAGACAGAGAUGAUCUGAUAGCUGGAAUAGACGAGUUUUUGGAUGAAGUCAUUGUUCUUCCACCGGGGGAAUGGGACCCAAACAUCAGGAUAGAGCCACCCAAGAAAGUGCCCUCUGCAGAGAAGAGAAAAUCUGUGUUUUCACUGAGUGAAGCAGGGCAGAUGAAUGGCACAGCCGGUGGGGCAGGAGGCGGUGGUGGCGGCGGCGGCGGGGGAGGCGGUGGCGGCAGUGAAGAUGAAGAGAUGCCCGCUGUCCAUGAAAUUGGAGAGGAGCUGAUCUGGACUGGAAGGUUUUGCGGUGGCCUCUAUUUGGAUUUCAAGAGGAAACUGCCCUGGUUCCCCAGUGACUUUUAUGAGGGCUUCCAUAUCCAGUCCAUCUCUGCCAUCCUCUUCAUCUACCUGGGCUGCAUCACAAAUGCCAUCACGUUCGGUGGGUUGCUGGGUGAUGCUACGGAAAACUACCAGGGGGUCAUGGAAAGCUUCCUUGGGACAGCAAUGGCGGGUUCCGUCUUCUGCUUCUUUGCUGGGCAGCCCCUCAUCAUCCUGAGCAGUACAGGGCCCAUCCUGAUCUUUGAAAAGCUGCUCUACGAUUUCAGCAAAGGCAACAGCAUUGACUACAUGGAAUUCCGCCUCUGGAUCGGCUUGCACUCUGCUCUCCAGUGCCUUAUUCUGGUGGCUACAGAUGCCAGUUUCAUUAUAAAGUACAUCACGCGCUUCACAGAGGAAGGGUUCUCCACACUCAUUAGCUUCAUAUUCAUCUACGAUGCCAUCAAGAAGAUGAUUGGAGCCUUUAAGUACUACCCCAUCAACGCGGACUUCAAGCCGGACUACGUAACCAUGUACAAGUGCGAGUGCAUCGCCCCAGACCCAGUGAAUACAACAUUGUUCAAUGCUUCAGUCCCACUGGCACCAAACAACACUAACAUUUCUGUGUACAAUCCCAUCAAUGUCACAGCUCUGGACUGGACCCAGCUGAGCAAGAAGGAAUGUCUGAAGUACGGAGGAAGCUUGGUGGGGAAAUCCUGCAAAUUUGUCCCUGACUUGGCCCUCAUGUCAUUCAUCCUCUUCUUUGGGACUUACUCCAUGACGUUGACCCUGAAAAAGUUCAAAUUCAGCCGCUACUUUCCGACAAAGGUCAGGGCCCUGAUUGCUGAUUUUUCCAUUGUCUUCUCCAUCCUCUUCUUCUGCGGAAUAGACGCCUGCUUUGGACUGGAUACUCCCAAGCUGCAUGUGCCAAGUAUCAUUAAGCCCACUCGCUUAGACCGAGGGUGGUUCGUCUUCCCCUUUGGUAAGAACCCCUGGUGGAUCUACUUGGCCAGUGCACUCCCUGCGCUCUUGGUCACCAUCCUGAUCUUCAUGGACCAGCAGAUUACAGCAGUCAUAGUCAACAGAAAGGAACACAAGCUGAGGAAAGCCGCAGGCUACCACUUGGACCUGUUUUGGGUGGGCAUCCUCAUGGCGGUGUGCUCGUUCAUGGGGCUCCCAUGGUAUGUUGCUGCCACAGUCAUUUCCAUCGCACACAUUGACAGCUUGAAGAUGGAGACCGAGACCAGUGCACCCGGAGAGCAGCCUCAGUUCCUGGGAGUGAGGGAGCAGAGAAUCACGGGAAUUGUUGUGUUUGUUCUGACUGGGAUAUCAGUCUUCCUGGCUCCUAUUCUGAAGUAUAUCCCGAUGCCUGUGCUUUACGGAGUCUUCCUCUACAUGGGAGUGGCCUCACUCAAUGGCAUCCAGUUCUGGGACCGCUGCAAGCUCUUUCUGAUGCCCGCCAAGCACCAGCCUGAUUUCGUCUACCUCCGGCACGUACCCCUGCGGCGGAUCCAUUUGUUCACGGUGGUUCAAAUCAUCUGCCUUGCUGUGCUCUGGAUCCUGAAGUCCACGGUGGCAGCCAUCAUUUUCCCUGUGAUGAUUUUAGCCUUGAUCUUAGUCCGGAAGAUGCUGGACUUGGUCUUUUCCCAACACGAUCUGGCCUGGAUUGACAACAUCAUCCCUGAAAAGGAUAAGAAGAAGGAAGAUGACAAAAAGAAGAAGAAGAAGAAGAAAGGGGGCAAAGGCGAGGAGGAGAGCAGUGAUGAGCUCAAGUUCCCAACACCCUCUGUUAUAACGAUCCCCAUGGAAUCUGUCCCGUCAGAACCCCAAAACAGUACCCAUUGCAUUCCCAGAAAGAGGUCUUCCAGCUGGAGCUUUGCGUUCUGACUCUUCUCCCAACGGUUCAGACCUGGAUCGCAGUAUUACGCUACACCUGAAGAUUUCCUGCCCAUCGUCUCCUGCGUUUAAUUACUCCCGAAACCCCAUCUGUGCUGUGCCCCAGGUGAAGAUUGAGAUGGAGUCGGAUUAUGAAGAUACUGACACAGAAAAGCACCCUCGGGACAUGGGCAGCGAGACCACACUGUAGUCCCACUGGCUCUUCCUUUGCGCUUUUAUAUAUAUAAACAACAGAAUUGGGCAUAUUUUUCUAUGUGACAGACCAAGGGCAUCAGUGGGCCCCAGGACCUGUUCUGCCAUUAGCAAACGUAGCAUCUGACAACUAGACCACUGGUUGAAUUCCACCUAGUUGGGUCAACCCACCACCUCCAUCUUCAAAGCCACCAAAGCCCACCUGGAAAUGGUACUUUGGGACUUCAAAGUCUGUAGGCAUAAAGGCGACUAUGAGACUGCCAACAGCUUUGGCUCUUUGGGUGGAGGAACUGCAUCACCUUUGGAUCAAGGCAUCUUCAGUUGUGACGGGGGAGAUGAUUCUAGCACUGUGCACCAGUUCUUUCUAAACUGGACCUUGCCGUUCUGCUCCACAGCAGUCCCAUAGUAGGACCUCUCAAUGGUGCUGCCUGGCUUUUUCCUUUGAUUAUAUCUAAGCCAUAUAACAGCUCUCCCAUUCUGUAAGAAAAUGGCAUCUGCCAUGCAUAGUAUUACAGGGCCAGGAGGACCUCAAGGUUAUCUUCCCAUCAUCAAAUGGCAGAUGUCUUGCUUUGGAUCACUAUGAAUGCUGGUUGACCAAGUCCAAGAAUUGGAUCCAGUGGCUAAGAUCAUGUAUAGUGUACGUUCAUAGUCAGGAUAGCUGCGCACUAGAGUUGCCCAGAGUGAGCUUCCUGACAAGCUGUUAUGAGAAAUGGGUGGCUAGCCUAUAGGACAUGGGGCCUCCAGGUUAAUCUUCUAUGAACCUCAAGGAAGACCUUAAGGUUGAGGAGGAUGAACUUGAUCUUGACCUCAGGGUUCAUCGCUAUCUCAAAUGUCAGAUUGGAUCACCAUGAAUGCUGGUUGACCAAGCCCAAGAAUCAAUAGGAUCCAGUUGCAUCAAAGCAGAUUUAAAUUGACAAGUGGAAGCCCCUCCUGACUGCCAAGCUUCUCGGCCUUUUGGCUGAGAUCACGUGUAGUAUAUGUGCAGAGUCAAGAUAUCUGUGCACUGGAGUGAGAUGCCCAAAGUCUUCUUCCUGAUUGGCCUUUAUGAGAAACAGGUGGCUGAACUACAGAGCGUGGGGCAUUUAGGUAAGAUUUUUCCAUCACUCUGCCUAUGUGGGUCCCAAAGGACUGCCAUGUUUUCCUUCUUUUUGAUGGAGUGUUCAUUAUUCUUGUCUUUUUUGAAGGCUGAACCUGCUUCUUCUAGCUUUCAAAAAUGCCUCUGAUCUUCUAUGUCAGAAUUUUAAAGGAUACCCUAUUUUCAUGUACCAAACUAAGCAUGUUUUGAGGAUCCAAUCACACUGUGAGUGCACUUGCCUCAUGGGUGUUAAUAUGCUUAAUAACUCUUAGAAAUAUCUCCUUGCUAGUUUUAAGUCAUUUUUAUUUCUGGCAAAUUGCAAAAAAAUAAAAAUUAAAAAAAAAUCCCAACUUUGUGCACUAAAAUCAGCAAGUUGCAGGUGAACUUGCCUUGUAGGUUUGAGUGUGCUUAACAGACCUUAGAAAUAUCUUCAUACUAUCCCCUUUGGUUACGUUUUUAAGCCAUUUUUUUCUUCUGGCACAUUUCAGAAAAUUGCAAAAGUACCCCAAGUUUAUGCCCCGAAGUAAUCAUGUUGCAGUGGUCCAUCAUAGUUAACAUGCAAUUGUCUCAUACCAUUUUGAUGUCUUUUAACGACUCUUAGAACUAUCUUUGCUUUUCCUAUCCCUUAAUGUUUGUUUUCCUGCCAGGGUUCUGAAAGUUGCUGAAAUGCCCCAGAUUUGUGUGCCAAAGGCAGCACGUUGCAAGGGUCCACUCAGACUGAAAGUUUACUUCUACAGCACAAGUAGAAGAGUACUUCAUAGAUGCGACUGCUUAAAGCCUAGAACUCUAGGAUAGGCUCUGCCUAUCCUUUAUAUUUUAAGCCUUUUUCUUCUGGUAGAUUUUGGAAAAUACCUCACAUUUCUGCACCUUAUAUUGCCAGUCAGUUUUUUAAAGGAGCACAACUUGCAGCUUUAAAAAGAGAGAGAAAGAAACCAUGGCAGUGAGACCCAUAAGGAGCUGCUAGCUGUGACUGCCAACACCAGAGUUUGCACCUUCCAGAGGUGGCCUGUACCUCAGAGGGUCAUCAGCACUGGAACCCAACAGCAGGGAGCAGCCAUGCCCUUUUCAGCCCUGCUGGCGUGCUUCAUCUGAUCAAGUCAGUCAGGGGUGUGUGUGUGUUUAAACCACAUUCAGUCAGCCUUACUGGCUUUAAGCCAACCUUUCUGACUUAAGGCCAUUGUGGCUGUGGAUGAGGGAAGUUGCAGUCCAACAGACCCCCUUGACUUUACAUGGAUUUUCCUGCUAGCCUUAUGAAAAACACCUUUUAAAAAGACCUUUUCUAAGACACAAAUAGACCCUUUUUCCUGUGCAGGGCUUUAAUAUACAGAAGCUUCUGGCUUGCUCAGUAUUGCACCCGGUUUGAACCUUCGUAUAAGCAAACACUAGUUCCUUGUAACUUUGUAAAUAAUGAAAUGAUGGUUUAAAAAAAAAAGACUUGAAUUUAUUAUCCUAUUUAUCAUGUUUAACUGGAUCAAGUUCCCAGUAUUUGUUGAAUGCAAAGAAUUAGUGAAACAAUGUUAUGCCUGGGCACUAACCACUUAAUUCUUAUGUUGUUAUAGCUGUUUGAACUUGAAAUACAACCUUGUAUAUUUUCCUCACUUAUUUUGUACCAGGACAGGCUGCUGUUCUCGCCCAAGCCUGCUACAGUUGCUGUGUUUAGUUAUUUGUCUACUUUUGCCCUACCGUUUACUAGGAGCUGCAGCUCAAAAUAGGUUUGUGGUGGUGGGUUUUUUGUGGAAGCCCAGGCACAGCACACCACAGGAACGGGUGCAUGCAAGAUUUAUGAAACUUUGUAUUGGACUGCUCAUCUUGCAGCUUAGUCACUAUAUAUACAUACACACUGUGUGUAUCACAGCUGAUCUCAGAUUUGCAGUCCUGCCACUUGUUAGUGUAGGAGCCAAUUUAUACUUAACACGUUUUAAUAAAUGGUUGAACCUCUUCUACUUGUGCUGUGCUCAUGAAAACCAUCUUCUAGCAUAGGAGCAACCAAUUCAGCUCAAUCUUCCUGUGGACACAAGCAGCACCAAUCCACAACAUCUUGUGCUGCAAGGCACAAUUCUUCCAGACGUCACUAACCACGACAUGAUACCAUGGGGCGAGCAGGAGACCUCCCAUUUCAUGCCCAGGUUUUCUCCUCCUGUGCCAACAAUUUGGCCUUCAAAUUUGAGUCACACCAACUUCAGGAAGACAAGCAUUUGAUUAAAAUGAGCACUGUAAAUGGGAA